AAAAAAAAUUGUGUCGACACCGUAGGACCACUUUUCGAAUAUAAACCGUGAGCCGUUUCAGUUUGCUACAAUAGAUCUAGAUCUAGCACAUCAUUGACGCCGCAACAACUCCCUACAAGACCAGACAAGAUGAACACCGCCGCUGUCAUUCUCGCCCUCCUCUCCGUCCUGGCUGCCACACAAGCAUGCCCAGAUGAGUGCGAUACAAUCCGGGUGGAGAGUUGGAACUACAAGUACGCCGAGAAGGUUGUACAAGGUGUCUCCUAUGUGGUCAACAUGACGGUGGUAGAUCGGCAGUCCGAGGCUGCCUGUACCCUGGGCGAAUCCUUCGGCUACCAGAAGGCCACACUGUGGGUGGAUCAGGGCUGUCGGGCUGACUUCAAAUUUUGCUUUUGCCAUCUCCCAGUGAGGCCCACUGAGUGCCAACUCCUCAGAGUGGAAAGUUGGAACUACAAGUACGCCGAGAAGAUGGUGACGGGGGCUGCAUUGUUCAUCAACAUGACCGUGGAAGAUCGCCAGUCCGCGGCCAGUUGCGACCUGGAUAAAUCCUUCGGCUUCUACAAUGAGAACUCUACAGUGUGGGUGGAUAAUGGUUGCCGCGCUGACUUCAACAUCUGUUAUGUCCAAGGCGCCUCCAGCACCACUACAGUAAACGUGAGCAGCUGGAACUACAAGUACGCCACCAAGAUUCUCCCCUCCUCCUCCUGCAUCUACUCCAUGCGAGUGGCCAACCAACAGUCCGCCGCCCCCUGCACUCUGGGAAGCACUUACGGCUUUUUGGCCAAUACCAUGUGGGUCAGCGAUGGAUGCAGAGCCGACUUCAGCGUCAGCUAUUAUUCCGUUUAAGCUUUAUCUUGAUUUAAAGCUGCAAUAUAUUUCACUCCCGUUAUAUAUUCAACUGGACAUGUUUUGUUACAUUAAAAAUGAAUCAGAAACCAA